AUGGGUGAAGUGGUGCAAGACUCAUGGCAGGAUAUUGCCGUUCGCAAGCAAGCCGAGCGCGCAUCCAAAAUUCCAGCGGAAUGGAUCAUCCCCAACUCGCUCCUCCCUGCGCAAGACGAUGAAUUCGUGCAAGACUUUCCCACAAAGUCUGGGUUAUUCACAGACAGAGAGCUAACCAUUACCGAGUCGACGGCGUCGGAGGUGGUGGCCAAGAUUGCAGCUGGCGAAUGGACUGCCCUCGAGGUCACCAAGGCCGUAUGCAAGCGGACCUCGAUUGCACAGCAGCUCAUCAACUGCGUGACCGAAAUUUACUUUGAUCAGGCCUACACCAGAGCCGCUGAGCUCGAUAACUUCUUCCGCAGAGAAGGAAGGACUGUUGGCCCGCUCCAUGGCUUGCCGAUAAGUUUGAAAGAUCAGUUCAAUCUCGACGGCGUCGACUCGACGAUUGGCUACGCUUCAUGGGCUGGAAAGCCAAUUGCAGAGGAAUCGACUCUGGUCAAGCUUCUUCGGGAUGCCGGAGCCGUCUUCUACGUAAAGACAAAUGUUCCGACAACGCUCAUGAUGGGCGAGUCCGUAAACAAUCUCUUCGGGCGGACCUUGAACCCUCGUAACCGGAACCUAACAACCGGCGGCUCAUCGGGCGGCGAGUCUGCCCUAGUGACCUUCCGGGGCAGUUUCAUUGGUGUUGGAACCGACAUUGGUGGCAGCAUUCGACAUCCAGCUUCUUACACGGGGCUUUACGCUCUAAGACCGGCACACGGAAGGGUAUCCUACCAGCAGGUUACAAAUACUUUUCUAGGCCAAGAGGCAGUACGUUCUUGUGCUGGCCCCAUGGCGCGAUCGCCCGAAGACAUUAGGCUCUUCAUGUCUGCUCUAGUAGCCCGGAAGCCUUGGCUGUACGACCCGCAAAUCGUUCCCCUCCCGUGGAGAACCGACGAGGAGAUAUUGCCUGAGAGACUAUGCUUUGGUUUCGGAAUGGGCGAUGGAUUUGUGACACCUUCGCCACCGUUGCGAAGAGCCAUGGAUAUCACAAAAGCCAAGCUCAUCGGUGCUGGGCACCAGGUUAUUGAUUUUAUCCCAUACGAGACGAAGGAGGCAACAGAUAUUAUCAUCAAGAUGUGGACGGCCGAUGGUGGUGAGGAGAUCCGGCGCGAUGCCGGCGCCACCGGUGAGCCGUUGCCGACCAAUGUAGAUCGGCUCCUGGGUUCGGGAAACCCAUCUCUGAAGCCCAUGACUGUUUUAGAGACAUGGCAAAACCAGCAUGCCAAGUCGCUCCUGGCUCAGCGCUUCCUGGAGAGGUGGCAGAAGACAGCUGUACAGACUGGGACAGGGCGGCCAAUAGAUGCCCUGAUCACUCCGAGUGUACCAUUUCCAGCCAUCCGCCAUGAAACACAGUACAAAUGGAACUAUGGCGUCCUGUCGCCACUGCUUGAUUUAACUACUGGCGUCUUUCCCGUCACCAAAGUUGACUUGGAGAAAGACCGUGUCCCAGCAGAUUGGCAACCAAUAUCAGAAAAAGAUAAGGAGGUGAUGGACCUAUACGAAAAGCCCGAAAACCAUGAGAACGCUCUCGUUGGUCUCGCGCUUAUUGGUCGGCGGCUCGAGGAAGAAAAAAUCACAGCUCUAUUGAAAGUGAUGAAAGACGUAGUCGGAGUAGAUUACUAG